CGGGGCCGCGCGCAGGGGGCUGACAGGUGUCUCCUUGCAGUACCACGCCGAUGCAUGAGAAGGCAGCUCCCCUGAAGAGCUCCGAGCCCAGGCACAGUCGUGAGAAGCUGGAGGUGUUCCACAAGCAGAAGAGUUUGGAUUCCCUUGAUGGCAGCCUCCGCCUGAAUGAAACCCUCAAGGAUGAGGACAUCAAGAAAUGCCACCGGGAAGUGGCUGCUAGCAAGUACAACUCCCAAUACCACAAGCUGUUCAAGGACAUCCCGACGGAGGAGAGCGUGCUGAAAGUUUGUUCCUGCGCGCUCCAGAGAGACAUCCUCAUCCAAGGAAGGCUUUACAUCUCCCCCAACUGGCUCUGCUUCUACGCCAACCUUUUUGGGAAGGACAUUAAGGUUGUGAUCCCGGUGGUGUCUGUACAGCUGAUAAAGAAGCACAAGACGGCUCGGCUGCUGCCCAAUGGCCUGGCCAUCACCACCACUGCCAGCAGAAAGUACAUCUUCGUAUCCCUCAUCUCUCGUGACAGCGUCUAUGAUGUCCUGAGGAGAGUCUGUACCCACCUGCAGGUUUCCAGUAAGAAGAGCUUGAGUCUGAAGGAGCUGUCGGAGGAGCCGGACUCCGUGUCACUGGAGGUGAUCGUCCCCGAGGGCAAGUGGAGGAAGGUGUCACCUACCUCGCUGUCACUGUCACUGCCUGAUGCCAACUACCAGUGCAUCCACCGGACCUCUGUCAGCAGCCUGAGUGCCAAGGAGAGCUCCUUCACCUCUGAGGAGCCACUGGUUUCGGAAAGUGCAAUAAAUACCGAGGAAGAACUGGAGGUGGAGCAGAGCUGUGUGGCAGAGCUGAGACCCUCUGACUACCAGCUCCUGAAGAUCUUCAUUGUGCUCAUCUGUCUCCUGGUCGUGUCAUCCUCGUACCUGGCAUUCCGCAUCUUCCGUCUGGAGCAGCAGCUCUGCUCUCUGAACCGGGAUUACCUCUCCCGCGGGCACAGGAGGUGAGGGACCCUCCAGGACAUUCUGGGACACACAGGUCGUGCCAUGAGUGGAGGACUUGAGGGAAUGUGGGUGCAAAGAGGAAUGCUCCAUUCUGUGAUGUGUCCAAGGAAUGCUUUGUCCCUUAUCCUGGACCUGCUGUUGGGUUGGCAGAACCCACAGUGCCAUCUCCACACUGGAGGUGAUCCCAUCAACUGCUGGUUUGAGUGACUUGGAAGCUCUGCUGUCCCCAAGACUCUGGAGCUUGGGAAGAGGUUUCCUCAUUGGUUUGGGGCUGGUUCUCCAGUUGCAGGAAGCACCAGGACAUCUCGUUGGAGCUGGGCUGUGCCUGGAGGCUAAGGCCAUGGGCAUCAGCAUGGGAUGGACAGGAGGGGAAUCUUCUUGGGCUGAGGACAUCAGAAGGCACCAGGAAGGGAUAUGGAGCCUCUGCAGUCACUCAUCCCAUCUUACCCCAUUCC